AUGGUUAAUUUCUAGUAGUCUUACCCACGUGUGUUUAGAUUUUCAUUUGUGCUGUGUAGUUGUUAGGUUUAGUGUAGAUUCUUAACAUUAUGAAGAUGGAGUCUAAUGGACCAAACUCACCUACGAACGGAACGGAGGAAAUUCCCAACGAUCCAGGGAAGAUGUUUAUAGGAGGCUUAAGCUGGCAGACGACUGCAGAAAAGCUAAAGGAGCAUUUUGGAGACUAUGGUGAAAUUAAAGAAGCUAUGGUUAUGAAGGAUCCUACUACAAAGCGCUCAAGGGGGUUUGGUUUUGUAACCUACAAAGAUCCUGUUAGUGUAGACAAAUGUUUAGAAAACGGACCUCAUAUAUUGGAUGGGAAACAGGUGGACCCCAAAGUUGCGUUUCCCAGGAAAGCACAGCCAAAGAUGGUCACGAAAACCAAAAAGAUAUUUGUUGGUGGGUUGUCCGCACAGACAACGGUCGAAGACGUGAAAAAGUACUUCUCAACGUUCGGAAAGUGCAGGAAGCAAAAACUUGUCCUUCUCAAUAUCCUCAAAUUCUUGUCAUGGUUUAUUGAUUCCCUCGGAGAUACUUUCACUGCUCAGCAAGGAACGAGCAAGUUAUGUGACAACAAUCCUGCUCUUUCUUAG